AAAUAUGCUCUCACAACAACCAACAAAGUUCUUGAUGUUUACAAUCUGAAUGGAGUAACUAGAUAUGAUAUUAGAUGUUCCUAUCAGAAAACUGUUGAUGCCAGCUCUAUCUCCAUCAAGGCACACUCCAACCAUCAUCACUUCAUCAUCAACUCAUUUCACAGACAUGCCCACAACUGCCAUUGUCAGCUUUGGUUCCAUCCUUUAUAUCAACAUGGCCUUGGCCUCAAGGACCUUGAAAUGUGUGAGCACAUAUUCUCUGCAUCAAAUGCUGUAGCUCCUGUUAUCCAUCAUGCAUCUUAUUUUCACUGGCUUCAGUUUAUCAACCUUCACUUUCAGCAGUGGGAUUCUGAUAGGUACCUGGAACUAAGUAUGUUUUUUUACAACAACUAUAAGCAAGCACUUGCCAUCAUCAAUGACCUAAGCCCUGCUGUCCAGGAACUAAAGCUAGCACUAAAUAUCUUGGAUGGAGACUUCAAGUGCUGGAAUAUGGAGGAGUUGGAAUUUCUGGAGACCCUGACAGAGGAAUCAGAGGAGGACAUUGAGGUGCACCAAACACAUACCAAUGCCUUUCUUGAUACUUGA